AUGGAGAGACAGCAUGUGGUGUCUUGGCUUCUCAUCCUCUUAGGACUCGGCCUUUGUAGUUAUGUGCUCGCUGACGCAAAGAAAGAAGGGAGAUUAUUGAGGGGAAGAAGUUUUAUGGACCGUGAGGUGAAACGUGUACUCGGAGUGAAGGCUGGAUAUCGGGUGUCUUCUGGUGGUUAUGGUGCAGGUUCAGGCAGUGGUUAUGGACAAGGGGGUGGACGAGGCGAUGGUAAUGAUAAGGGCUAUGGGCCGGGCAGUGGAGGUGGCGGGGGCUACGGCAGUGGAGGUGGCGGUGGCGGUGGAAGUGGUGGGUUUGGUGGCGGCUGGGGUGGCGGCUUUGGAGGUGGGUCUGGUUCGGGUGGUAAUGGUGGAGGAAAUGGGUAUGGCUCGGGUUAUGGUGGAGGCAUAGGUGGUGGGGGAGGCGGGGGAUAUGAUCACAACAAUGUCCAUAUCACAGGAUCUGGGUCAGAAAACCGAUCUUGA